ACAUGUCUGACAGCUGACGGUGUUUGACGUGUUUGUUUUCAGUUUGGUCCGAUUCUUCUUCGAGUCGGCGAUUGCAAUUUUAAAUAAAAAGAGGAUAAACAUAUUAUACUUGCAUAUUCCACAAUCACAACUUUAAUUUCUUCAAAAUGCCUCUUCGGUUGGACAUCAAGCGUAAGCUAACUGCUCGCUCCGACCGUGUAAAAUGCGUAGACUUGCACCCCACAGAACCAUGGAUGCUGUGCUCUCUGUACAGUGGCAUAAUCAAUGUAUGGAAUCAUGAAAAUCAACAACUUGUUAAAACAUUUGAAGUAUGUGACUUACCUGUGAGGGCAGCCAAGUUUGUACCAAGAAAGAACUGGAUUGUGGCUGGUUCAGAUGAUAUGCAUAUCAGGGCAUUCAAUUACAACACUUUGGACAGAGUUCAUGCAUUUGAAGCGCAUUCUGAUUAUGUGAGAUGUAUUGUAAUUCAUCCAACCCAACCUUAUAUUUUGACUAGUAGUGAUGAUAUGUUAAUUAAAUUAUGGAACUGGGAGAAGGCAUGGGCUUGUCAACAAGUAUUUGAAGGCCAUUCACACUAUGUAAUGCAGAUUGCCAUCAAUCCAAAAGACAACAACACGUUUGCGUCAGCAUCCUUAGAUCGUACGUUAAAAGUGUGGCAACUGGGUGCAUCAACUGCCAAUUUUACUCUGGAAGGUCAUGAGAAAGGCGUAAACUGCGUCGAUUACUACCACGGCGGUGACAAACCGUAUAUCAUCUCAGGCGCUGACGAUCGCUUGGUAAAAAUUUGGGACUACCAGACGAAAACAUGCGUUCAAACUCUCGAAGGCCACGCGCAGAACGUCAGUGCCGUUUGUUUCCACCCUGAAUUGCCUGUUAUUCUAACUGGAAGCGAAGAUGGCACUGUACGCGUAUGGCACGCGAACACCAAUCGACUAGAAAGUAGCCUCAACUACGGAUUCGAACGUGUCUGGGCGAUUUGUUGCAUGAAAGGAUCAAACAACGUGGCAAUUGGUUAUGAUGAAGGAAGUAUUCUUGUAAAAGCCGGCAGAGAAGAACCGGCGGUGAGUAUGGACGCUAGCGGUGGUAAAAUCAUCUGGGCCAAACACUCCGAGCUUCAACAGGCCAAUCUAAAAGCUUUACCUGAAGGCGCAGAGAUUCGGGAUGGUGAACGCUUGCCAGUCGCUGCUAAAGAUAUGGGCGCAUGCGAAAUUUACCCACAAAGCAUUCAACAUAAUCCUAAUGGAAGAUUUGUUGUUGUUUGUGGUGAUGGCGAGUACAUUAUUUACACUGCCAUGGCCCUGAGGAACAAAUCAUUUGGUUCCGCACAGGAAUUUGUAUGGGCACAAGAUUCAAGCGAAUAUGCUAUCCGGGAAGCCAGUACCACUGUAAGAAUAUAUAAAAAUUUCAAAGAAAAGAAAAGUUUCCGCCCUGAUUUUGGCGCGGAAGGCAUUUUUGGAGGGUGGUUGUUAGGGGUGAAGUCUGUCUCCGGGUUGACAUUUUAUGAUUGGGACACGUUGGAUUUGGUGCGCCGUAUUGAAAUUCAACCAAAAGCAAUCUACUGGUCUGAUAGCGGCAAACUAGUGUGUUUGGCAACUGAAGACAGUUAUUAUAUCCUGAGUUAUGACUCUGAACAAGUUGUCAAAGCAAGAGAAACGAACGAAGUAGCGGAAGACGGUGUAGAGGCUGCUUUUGAUGUUCUGGGCGAGAUUAAUGAAACAGUACGUACAGGUUUGUGGGUGGGUGAUUGUUUCAUUUACACUAAUGCUGUAAAUCGUAUUAAUUACUAUGUUGGUGGUGAGCUUGUCACGAUCGCUCAUCUUGAUCGUCCAUUAUACGUUCUGGGAUAUGUUCCUAAGGACGACCGUCUUUACUUAACAGAUAAAGAAUUGGGAGUUGUUAGUUAUCAACUGCUGCUCUCAGUUUUGGAAUAUCAGACUGCUGUGAUGCGAAGCGACUUUACAACAGCUGAUAGGGUACUUCCUUCAAUACCCAAAGAACACCGCACUAGAGUCGCGCACUUUUUAGAAAAACAGGGCUUUAAACAGCAGGCGCUAGCAGUUUCGACAGAUCCCGAACAUAAAUUCGAGUUGGCAUUGGCACUGGGCGAUUUGAAUACUGCCAAAGUCCUCGCUGUAGAAGCGCAUAACCCUCAAAAGUGGAGUCAGUUGGGUGAACUCGCCGCGGCAAAUAAUAAUUUGUCAUUGGCAAAAGAAUGCAUGCAGCGGGCGCAGGACUUUAGCGGACUAUUACUGGUUGCUACUAGUACUGGCGAUGCGGAUUUAGUGAGAAAAUUGGGAGAGGAUACACUAGCAGAAGGAAAGAAUAAUAUUUCAUUUUUGUCGUACAUGAUGCUUGGAGAUUUAAGAAAAUGUCUAGACAUUUUGAUUCAAACUAAUAGACUGCCAGAAGCGGCGUUCUUUGCACGAUCUUAUCUACCCGACCAAGUGUCGUAUGUCGUGGGGCUAUGGAGACAAGAGCUGUCAACAGUUAACCCGAAAGCCGGCCAAAGCUUGGCGGAUCCUAAAGAGUAUGAAAAUUUGUUUCCAGGCUUGCAGGACGCGAUAGCAGCCCAGCAUGUGAUGGAAGCAGAGUUUAAACAAUUGAUACCAGCGAAAAUGGCGUGCAAUACUACACCUGCAUCAGAAAGGAAUUUAAUAGAUGAAGUUAAAGCACGUGGUGGUGUUUCAAUAGCAAGAGAAGAAACAGCAACCAGUUCAACAACACUAACUAGCAAACAAGCUAUUUUUGAAGAAGAUGAUGAUGAUAUCGAUCUGGAUUUGGAAGGGAUGAAUCUAGACGAAAAUAUUGAUACGACGGACAUCAAUUUGGACGAUGAUUUAUUAAACGAUUAAUGGGAGAUCAGAUCAGCAGCGCCUAGAAAUAUUCAAUUUGGCGGAAAAGGAGGAUAUGCGCAAAAAUGAUAUAUUAUUCGAUUUUCGUUCCAUUUGCUUAUACAUUUAUAAAUAUUUGUAGUAUUAAUAUCAAGUACGAUUACAAUAACAACAUUUUAAUGUAAAAUUUAUUCUAUUAAUUUAAUAUUGAGAGUAUAGAAUACUAUAUACAAUAUGAA